CAGGAUCACUGCUGGAUAUGUAUGAAGAAAUUCUGGAGGAGAAUGUCAUGUUUGAGGAGCAAGACAAGACCGGGGCCGCGUCACAGGUCAUCUCAUACCUGGCCGAACCCACAAUUCCCAGAAACGACAGUCCAUUGGAGUACUGGAAACGCAAUCAGGCCCAUUUCCCUGCCCUCGCUCCUGCUGCACGCAAAUACCUGUGUGCGCCCUGCACAAGUGUUGACAGUGAACGGCUGUUUAGCGUUGCCUCUGAUGUGAUAGACGAAAAGAGAAAUCGAAUGGACGGUGAAAAAGCAGAGAUGCUCAUUUUUGUGAAGAAAAACCUACCUCUGGUAUUAAAAAAAUAGCUGAACCGGUCAGCUGAAGUUGUUACCCUAGUUAGUUGGACUGAAAAGGUUUGCACGACUCAAGUUCAAGUGAAGGAUAAAAUGUCCUUGUAUUUUUUUGCAAUACAGAGCACACUGUUUUUCACUGAGUUGU